AUGAGCGCUGCUGCGCUUCGCGGGCCGCUGCGCGCCUGCACCAAUCCCGUCACGGUUAUCGGACAACCAUUCAAGGCCUCGAUCGCCUGCGGCGCAUCGUUCCAUACAAACACGAUUCCACUAUUGCGUGCAUUUCUCCCAUUGCGCAGGAACACGGCCCAAUCAUGGAGUCACCACCAGAGGUAUGAGCCGAACUCGGGUUUGUCUUCUUGGAAACGGUCUUUCUCGACGAGAAGUUCGCCUCUCUUUUCCGCGGACGCUACACGCUCGAAGAGUAAUGGGCCAGAGGCCAAGUCUAUUCCGACUUCGCGGAAGUAUGUCAAAUACUUGAUUAUCCUGGGUGUGCUCGGUAUUGGGGCGUUGGCGCUCUCCGACAAUGUCAAGCAUGUGUACGGUGCAGCGAGGAGAAGUGGCCGCGUGGUCGGCACUCUCGCUGUCUGUAUCAACGACUACCGUGUUACCCUCAACCAAGCCGCUGCCGCACCCGCCGAAGACCAUGGCGCCCUAAUUCGCGCCUGCCACAAGCGCUGUGCCGAGCGCACUUUACGCGUGCUGGAGAAGAACGGAUCAAUCUUCAUCAAGCUUGGCCAACAUCUCAGCAGCAUGGGUUAUCUGCUCCCCAUUGAAUGGACCUCGACCUUCAUUCCGCUCCAGGACAAAUGCCCCGUGUCAUCGAUUGAGUCAAUUGCUGAGAUGUUCGUUACCGACACUGGCCAGACAAUCGAUGAGCUGUUCAGCUCUUUCGAGCCGGAGCCCACUGGCGCUGCCUCCCUGGCCCAGGUGCACAUCGCCACUCUGAAGGAAACGGGGCAGAAGGUCGCGGUCAAGGUGCAGCAUCCUGCUCUUGCGGAGUGGGUGCCGCUGGAUCUCGCACUCACUCGAUUCACCUUCUCGAUGCUCAAGCGUUUCUUCCCCGAAUAUGACCUAGAGUGGCUGUCGAGGGAGAUGGAUUUGUCUCUACCCGUGGAGCUGGACUUCCGUAUGGAGGCUCAGAACGCCACCCUUGCCAGCGACUAUUUCAAAAAGCACUCUGACGCACCUCUGGUUAUUCCUGAAGUGAUGUGGUCACAAAAGCGCAUUCUUGUCAUGGAAUUCAUCGCCGGCUGCCGCCCCGACGACCUCGAAUUCCUGGACGCUAACAACAUCGACCGCGAUGAAGUCUCUGCGGCCUUCGCGCACAUCUUCAACGAAAUGAUCUUCGGUGAUGGGGCCCCGCUGCACUGCGACCCGCAUGGUGGCAACAUCGCUAUUCGCCCAAAUCCCAGCCGCCGGCACCCCAACUUUGAUAUCAUCCUUUAUGACCACGGACUAUAUCGUAACAUCGAUCGCGAUCUGCGCCGCAGCUACGCUAAGCUGUGGCUGGCUGUCAUUGACGCUGAUGUCCCGCGGAUGCGCGAGUAUGCCUAUCAGGUGGCCGGCGUCACGGAUGAGCAGUUCCCACUCUUUGCUAGUGCUAUCACCGGCCGUGACUACAGCGUACUGACGAAGAAAACUGUUGUCUCUGCGCGGACCGCCGAGGAGAAGGAGGAUAUUUCUGGUGCCCUGGGUGAGGGCAUGUUGCAGCAGUUGGUCGAGUUGUUGGGCCAGGUGCCGCGGAUCAUUCUGCUGAUUCUCAAGACGAAUGACCUAACCCGCAGUCUCGACGAGAACCUCCACACCCGCCAGGGCCCCAUGCGUGCAUUCCUAAUUCUAGCACGGUACGCCACCCGCACCGUCUUCGAGGAGCAAAUGGAGUCUAUCCACGCAUCUGGCGGUGUCUUCCUGAACUUCUUCCGGUUCUUGGCCGCCUGGACCUCAUUCCUUCGCGUUGAGGUAAAACUCUCUAUCUAUGAGACUGUGCUGUCGCUGAAGAGCCGUAUUGGUCUGCGGACUGGCCUGUAA